AUGGCUGGAGCAUCGGCAGCCGACGUUCGAAGUAUCCUGCAACUUCCAGCCUCCUCCCAUGCAGGACAAUCCCAGUCUCAGAAGAAGACUACAUCCAAGAAACCGGAGGGCAUCUCGCGCGAGCUGUAUUCGCUCAUAGGGCCCACCCCCUCGACUCUUGCCGCACAGCUCUCGAAGCCUCGAUUGAAGCAGAAACCAAAUCUCGGAGGUGGUGGCAAAGUCAAAUGGGAAUUGAGGCCCUUCAAGAACGGAGCUCGAGGUGAUGGAUUACAAUUAAAGCAUUGGGUUAAAGCAAACUCUGACCCAGAAGCUGAAUAUGCCUUCGCAAAAUACAACGUCCAAAAUAAUUGGUACAUCUACUCUCAGGAUGAAUACGAACGACAUCUGGAAGAUCCAGAUUGGUCAAAGGAAGAGACUGACUAUCUCUUCGACCUUGUUCGGGAGUACGACUUGAGGUUUCAUAUAAUCGCGGACCGAUACGAAUUUCCGCGGUCGAUGGAGGACAUAAAAGAUAGAUACUUCGGUGUGUGUCGUAAGCUAAUACGAAGUAGACCAUGGCCAGGCGACGAAGCCAGCAGAGCCCAGCUCCUGUCUAGCUUCCAAUUCGACAAGGAUCGCGAGGUCACCCGGAAAGAGUAUCUCGCAAGCCUCGAGAACCGGACGCCCGAACAGAUCGCCGAGGAGGAGGCCAUGUACAUCGAGCUCAAGCGACUCGAGCAGACCGAGCGCGCCUUCAAAAAAGAGCGCGAUGAAUUACUCCGCACCCUACUUGGUGUCGAGUCUGGACUUGCCGACUUGAACGUCGAGGACGACAGCCAUGCGGCUAUCACCGAUCCGCGGAAGAAAAAGAAGGCCGGCGUCGCGGAGGCGGAGAGUCCCGCCACGCCCACUGCGGCCGUGGCACAACCAGCACCCCGCAGGGCGCAGUCGGCAAAGUCGAUCGCAUAUGACGCUCUCCAUUGCAUACAGCGCAUCGACCCUCCUCCGCUCACACCGGCCACAAAGGCCUCGCAUGCUGCCGCGACGCUGCGCUCUCAAAAAAUCGCGUACCCCAAGCCCGCGGUGAGCUCGAAAGUGAACCAGGUCGUGACCGAGCUCGGUGUGCCGAUCAGCCGGGGGGUGAUCAUGCCGACGCGAGACACGCUCGCGCAGUACGAGAUGCUGAUCGAGGCCGCGACGGCGCUCGUCGAGACAAAGAAGAUCGUCGAUCGCGUCGAGCAGGAGAUCAGGGUCGCGCGCGCAAGGCUGGACAUGCGUGCGAGCGCGAGCGACGGUGGUGUCGGCGGCGAUGGCGGCGGGUCUGGCGCUCAGACGCCUAUGGAUGUGGACGAGGAGCUGGGCAGUCGGUCGCAGAGUCGUGGACAGGAGGGUGGGACCAGGGCGCAGAGCGUGGUCAGUACUAGAAGCGGGAGGAGCGGGAGGAGCAGAAAGCAGGUGAGCAUUCAGGCCCGUAUUCCACCGUGA